AGCCUGGUCUGGCCUGGUUUAGCCUGGCUGAGUCUAAUCUGGCCUGGUGUAGCCUGGUCUAGCCUGGUGUAGCCUGGUUUAGCCUGGCCUGGCCUGGUGUAGCCUGGUUUAGCCUGGCCUAGCCUGGUUUAUUCAGCAGUGUAAGUGUUGUAUCUGUUUAAGAUUUGAUUUUGAGACCAGUUUGUAAACGAGGCCCCUGGUCACCCUCCUGUGAAAAUGGCCGAACGCAAUUUCACUGUUGCACAGUCUGCAAUAAGAGAACCUGUGUUUAUAAAGGGCUGAUUGCACCAGUCGUUGCUGAGUCCUGCAUGUGUAACGUCCUGUUUCAGCUCUCAAACAGCCUCCUCCCUGCCGGCCAGAAGAGCUUACCGACUGAGCCACCGUCACCCCCAUGUUCCAAAGGCUCAAAUACGCUCUUGCAACAUUCAUGUAAUUGAUGAAAUGUCCAUGUCCUUGCCCCUGCCUCAGUGGAUUGCAUAUUGAUCAGAUUGUUUGGAUAACUUUCAAAAUGGGACUCUGGCCAUGCAUGGAGGGUUGGGUGAAUACUGAAAGCUGGCAGAGCAGCUUUGUUGAUCCCCUUUAUGAAUUUAAAAGCCUCUAUCAAUUCACCCCCGAGUCUCUUUUUACUAAGCGCAAAGAGAUUAAGCAUUAUGUCUUUCCUCAUAGCUUUUAUCUUUUAUACCAGGAAUCAGUUUGAUUGCCCUUCUUUGAACCUUUUCCAGAGCCUCUGUAUCUUUCUUGUAGUGCAGUCCCUAGAACUGCAUACAGUACCCCGAGUGUGGUCUAACAAAUGUAUAAGAUAAGUAUAACUUCCUUGGAUUUAUACUCGAUCCUUUUGGCUAUUCCAGCAUCCUGUAGGCCUUUUUAUAUUGCUACAGCACAGCACAGAACCAGAAUGGCUUUGAUCUACCAUUACUACCAAGUCUUCUUCAAAUUGAGAACAUUCCAAUUUUGUUCCUCCGAUAAAGUAAUCAUGCCUAAUGUUUUUAUUUCCCAAUGAAGUUUGUACAUUUUCUGAGUAUGAACAAUUUUAGCAACUUUCACUUUCUAAUCCACUACAUCUAUGAAUAAAUUAUGUACUUGUUACACAAAUACAUCUCUAUUGACAACCGUCGUUACUUGUUACUUUUCGUACGGUUGGUCGUCAGCAGAAUUUUCUCUGGAUUGGCUGGUGGUGAAAACAUGCACGGUAAUCCCCGCCCCCAUCUACAGGCCAUUGUGUUAUUAGACAAGUACUGCCGGCAGGAUUUAAUUGAGGUCGUGUGCCAUCGUGUACAUCAAUCAGCUGUAUGUGGUGUGCGCUGACUUGACCCUGCAUGUACGCUGCACAGCACCAACAUGAGUGUAUUGGCUGGCUAAAAAGUCACUGAUUGUACCUAUACGCUAAAAUCAGUAGCCAGACUUUGAAAUGGAGAUGGCUGCUCAGAACGACCACGAACCCACCAUUUCCAGUGCCAGUCACUGACCAUCCAUGGCCUUAUUUAAAAGAAAUGUUUACCUUUGUUGGCAUGCAAAACGACUCAAGAUGAAGUGUCUGCUUUGUUUGCCACGACCCAGGGAAAUAAAUGCCAUAAAAUUUGAGGGAGCACAAAGAGACUCGCAUGCCCCAGCGACUGGGGGGAGGCCUGAAUCUGCAUUCUCACAUGCUCACAGUGCGCUGUGCCAUCUGAGACAUUCUAAACCAUGCCGGGACAGAACUGAGCCAUUCCAUGCCAUGCUGGGACAGAACUGAGCCAUUCCAAGCCAUGCUGGGACAACUGGCCAUGUGGGCGGCCUGUCUUCGGUGUGGGCGCUCGGAGCGGGCAUAAUCUGCAACAGGAUUCCUGGGUUAGCGCCCCGGCAGCGCACCAUCUGCCAGAGCCGGCCGGACGCCAUCGUGGUGAUGGCACAGGGGGUGCAGAUGGGCAUUAAAGAGUGCCAGUUCCAGUUUAGGAACGGGCGGUGGAACUGCUCUGCUCUUGGACAGAGAACCGUCUUUGGAAAAGAACUGAAAGUGGGCAGUAAGGAGGCGGCGUUCUCCUACGCCGUCAUCACAGCAGGCGUGGCCCAUGCCCUCACUGCGGCCUGCACGCAGGGCAGCCUCAGCAGCUGUGGCUGCGAUCAGGAGAAGCAGGGUCAGUACUCCCCGCUGGACGGCUGGAGGUGGGGGGGCUGCUCUGCAGACAUCCACUACGGCCUGGGCUUCUCCAAAGUCUUCAUGGACGCCAGAGAGGUCAAACAGAACGCCAGGACCCUGAUGAAUCUGCACAACAAUGAGGUGGGACGCAAGGUCCUGGAGAAGAACAUGCGCCUGGAGUGCAAGUGCCAUGGCGUGUCGGGAUCCUGCACCACCCGGACCUGCUGGACCACGCUGCCCAAGUUCCGGCAGCUGGGCUUCCUCCUGAAGGAGAAGUACAUCCAGGCAGUGCAGGUGGAGGCGGUGAGGGCGCGCCGGACCAGGCGGCCCACAUUCCUGAAGAUCAGGAGGCCGCACUCCUACAGGAAGCCCUCGGCCACGGACUUGGUUUACAUCGAGAAAUCACCCAACUACUGCGAGGAGGACUGGAGGACAGGCAGUGUAGGCACUCAGGGGCGGGUCUGCAACAGGACGGCCCAGCAGACCAACAGCUGUGACCUCAUGUGCUGUGGGCGGGGUUACAACACGCACCAGUACUCCCACGUGUGGCAGUGCAACUGCAAGUUCCUGUGGUGCUGCUAUGUCAGGUGUAACACCUGCAGUGAGAGGACAGAGGUGCACACCUGUAAAUGACUUUAGGGAACUCUUCACAAACUGGCGGGCUCAUUUGCUCAUGUGGAUGGAAGGGAGAAUGGGCAUGAACCCAGUUGACUCUGCAGUAGUGCCUCGCAUCCCCUCAGGGGCACUGUCCCUAUCACAGGGCCUGCAGUACUGCCAAUACUGACACAGCGUGUACAGCACAGACACAGUGUGUAGACCACAGACACAGCGCAUACAGUACAGACACAGUGUGUAGACCACAGACACAGCGCAUACAUCACAGACACAGUGUGUAGAGCACAGACACAGUGCAUAUAUCACAGACACAGUGAAUGCAGCAUAAACACAAUGGUUACAGCACAGUGAUCCAGCACAUACACUCGAGCAGAAACAUUGGUAUAGGAGAGAUUGCUAUAUAUAUAUAUAUAUAUAUAUAUAUGUAUGUAUGCUAUGUUUAUAUAUACAGACUCAGUCAUGGGACGAAAAUGAAUUGUGCUUUUGGCAUAAUUAGUGGUGUAACGUAGUUAUUUAAUUUUAUUGAAAGUAAUUUAUUUGAACCAACUGUCGAUUUGUUUUGUGAUGGCACCAUUGUAGCUUUGCUUGCAGAAUAUUUUGAUUGAUUGUUGUGAAUGCAGAUGAAAUACAAAUACACAUAUAUGAAAAGAAACAAAACACCUUGGAAUAAUAUACUCUGUUUAACUACAAAUCACAGCAAAAAGUAUGUGGUAAUGGAUUAGGUUGUGCUCAGAAUAUAAAAGAAGUGAUACCCAGAUUCACUCAAAGGGCUAAAUAUGUGUCCCUGAGGACAGGAACUCAAAGGGCUAAAUAUGUGUCCCUGAGGACAGGAACUCAAAGGGCUAUAUAUGUGUCCCUGGGGACAGGAACUCAAAGGGCUAAAUAUGUGUCCCUGGGGACAGCUGGUUAGGUUUCAUCGUACUUUCUUGUACAGGCAAACCCUACUAAGGGCAACCCUGUGCAAUGUUGAUUGCUGACCCUAACCCUAAUCCUUCCUCCAAUGGAAUGCAUUCCUUGUACAAAACGCAUCCUGGAUGUCUUUGGACUGUGGGAGGAAACCAAAGACCUUCGUGCUGUGAGGCAACAGUGCUGUCCCAGAUGCAACUGGUUUUUGAACAAGGAGAGCACCCAUUCGGUCAAAAGGUUAACUCUCAUUUUUAUUGUUCUCAGAAAUUCUGAGACACCUAACAUGAAUGUGAUUUUCUAUUCAGUGUAGACUAUUAGAGAGUAUUAAAAAUUAUAAACCCUAGACAGACUGGAAGGGUUUCAUUCUCCUGAAUUUGAGCCCUAGAACAGGAGUACGCCCAGCAGAUCCACAGGGGUUCAUCAAUUUUAUUUGUAUAGCGCUUUUAACAAAGCAGCUUUACAGAGAACCGGCCCCCAAAGAGUAAGCCUACGGCAACAGUAGCAAGGAAAACAGGAAGAAACCUUGAGCAGAACCGGACUCAGAGGGGGAACCCAUCUGCUGCGGGCAGGCACCGGUUUGUUAUGGAAAGUCAGUAGUGGCAGGAGGCGGGAUGCCCAGCUGGUCUAGCUGGUCUAGGGCUGGAGCUCUGGGCCGGGGGGGUGCUCAGCAAACUUGGGCUAGAGCUCCGGGCAGGUGCCCAGAGCCAAGGAAAACGAGAAAAAAACAUUGUUGGGGGUUCAAAAGGUAGAUUAGCAAGCAGAGCAGAAGAGACAGAGGUGCCUGCGUGCGAUAAGGAAAACCCCGGCAGAAUAAGGCUAUGGCAGCAUAGCUAAGGGAAACAGAGGCAGGGGCCAACGCAGCCAUGAGGGCAGGCUUGGGACAGUCAUCACCAGACCAUGACCGGUUCAGCUUAACACAGCACUCCCAAUGAUGAUCCAGUGACAGCACUAACCACUCAGUCUGCCAGAGACUAUAGCUAUGCCUGCCACCCACUCCUGCCUCUCAAAUAUAGGAGAGACUAAAAAGAUAUGUUUUGAGCCUAGCUUUAAAAAAGGUGAUGGUGUCUUUGCCCCGAACAUGGACAGGCAACUUGUUCCACAGGAGGGGAGCACGAUAGGAGAAGGCUCUACCACCUAUGGUACUUUUAGCUAUUCUAGGAAUAACAAGGAGGUCUGCACCCUGUGAACGGAGCGUUUGUGGGGGAAUAUAAGGAAGAAGUAAAUCAUUUAAGUACAAAGGCAAGCCCAUUUAAGGCUUUAAAGGUAAGAAGUAGUAUCUUAUAGUCUAUUCGGAAUUUAACUGGCAACCAGUGAAGCGAUGCUAAUACUGGGCUGAUGUGCUCGAAUCUCCUUGUUCUAGUGAGAAUACGAGCUGCUGCAUUUUGAAUUAGCUGGAGCCCUUUCAGAGAGGAAUUUGCACAUCCAGACAAAAGAGCAUUGCAGUAAUCUAAUCUUGAAGUAACAAAAGCAUGAACUAGCUUUUCUGCAUCAUGUAAGGACAGUAUUUUCCGAAUAUUUGAGAUAUUUCUCAAGUGAUAAAAAGCAACCCUAGAGAUGUUUUUAUUAUGUAUAUCAAAUGCAAGAUCUGGAUCAAAGGUAACACCAAGAUUUUUGAUUACAGCACUUGAAGUAAUGGAGAUUCCAUCAAUGUUAAGCAUAUAGUCAGAUAGUUUGCAUCUCAGGGACUUGGGCCCUACUACCAUUAUCUCGGUCUUAUCAGAGUUUAGCAAGAGAAAAUUUUGGGUCAUCCAUUCCUUUAUGUCUAUAAGACAGGCUUUGAUCUUUGACAGCUGGACAAGUACAUCAGGUUUAACUGAUAUAUACAACUGGGUGCCAUCUGCAUAGCAGUGGAAACUAACGCCAUGUUUGCGAAUAACUUGUCCCAGGGGGAGCAUAUAAAGAGAGAAGAGCAAAGGCCCAAGCACAGAUCCUUGUGGUACUCCAUAUCUAACCCUGGAUUGAUAAGAGGAAUCAUUAUUAAAAUGCACCAAUUGAUAUCAGUCUGAUAGGUAUGAUCUGAACCAAGAGAGUACCUGUCCACGGAGGCCUACAAGAUUUUCAAGUCUAUCCAGAAGGAUGAGGUGAUCAACUGUGUCAAAUGCUGCACUUAAGUCUAAAAGCACAAGUACAGAGAUGCAGCCAUUGUCUGAAGCGAGGAGUAAGUGAUUGAGUACUUUGACCAGGGCUGUUUCAGUGCUGGGAGAGGGUCUAAAACCAGAUUGAAAAACUUCCAAUAUAUGAUUGGAGUGCAAAAAUGAACCAGGUUGUUUUGAAAUGGCCUUUUCUAGUAUUUUAGAAAGGAACGGGAGAUUUGAGAUAGGCCUGUCGUUAGACAGGUCAUUCACAUCCAAGUUUGGCUUCUUAAGAAGGGGUUUGAUGACUGCAGAGUCUGUGGUAUGUGUCCAGAUGCUGAAGAUGCAUUGACAAUAUGUAACAUUGGUGUUCCAAUCACUGGUAGUAGCUCCUUGAAAAGCUUUGUAGGAUUAGUGUCUAGAAGACAAGUAGAAGAUUUUGAGGAAUUAACUAUGGCAUUAAACUCCAUAAGAUCUAUUGGAGCAAUAGAGUUCAGAUAGUCCGCCCGUCUUUCUGAAGAUUCUGUUUGGAGUGAAGAUUGAGGUUGUGUUUGGUGUGGAGAUUGAAGUUGUGUUUGGAGUGAAGAUUGAGGUUGUGUUUGGUGUGGAGAUUGAGAUUGUGUUUUGUGCGGAGAUUGAGGUUGUGUUUGAUGUGAAGAUUGAGGUUGUGUUUGGUGUGAAGAUUGAGGUUGUGUUUGGUGUGGAGAUUGAG